UCAGUUUCACUUUUAAAGCAAAGGAAGAAAACGUGCGUCGUUAUGGCUUCCGAAAACAUUGAAACAUCACGGCUAGAAUAUGAAAUAUCUUGUUCAGUUUGCUGUGGAAUCUUCAAGAACCCCGUUUUAUUAUCAUGCAGUCAUAGUUUCUGCAAAGAGUGUCUUCAAGAAGUAUGGAAUAAAUCAGCCAAGCGAGAGUGUCCUCUUUGUAGGAGAAAAUCCUCAAAAGAUUUACCUCCUUUGAACCUGGCAUUGAAACAAGUCUGCGAACUGAUUUUAAAGGAGAAAACGCGAAUCGGAGUUACCAGUGAAGCCCUUUGUUCUCUUCACGGUGAAAAUCUCAAACUAUACUGCAAACAGGAUGACCAGGCUAUCUGUGUUGACUGUAUAGGAUCUGGCCAACAUCAAAAUCACGAUGUGUGUCGAUUCAUUGCCGUCGUUCAGGAACGAAAGGAGGAACUUUUGACUGAUCUGAAGCCACUUAAAGAAAAGAGGGACAACUUGGAUAAGAUGAAGAGAAGUUGUGAUGCGACUGCAGCAUUCAUCAAGAAACAGGCUGAUAAAACUGAGGCUGAUAUCAAAUCAGAGUUUGAGAAACUUCACAAGUUUCUGUAUGAGGAGGAAUCUGCCCGCGUAGCCAGUCUGCGGAACAAAGAACAGCAGAAGACCCAGAUGCUCCAGGACAGUGUGGAAACAAUUAGCAGCAAGUUGGCAUCUCUCUCAGCAGUGAUAGACAGCAUUGAGCGCGAGAUGGAAAUUCAAGAUAUGGAAUUCCUGCAGAAUUUCAAGGCGAUCAAGAGAAGGGUACAAUGUAAACUUCAAGAGCCAGACACUAUUUCUGUGCCUUUGAUCGACGUCUCCAAGCACCUGAGUGCUCUGAAGUAUAGCAUCUGGGAGAAAAUGCUUGGGAUAAUUCACCACUCUCCGUUAACCCUGGAUCCUCUAUCAGCCCAUCCUCAGUUGGCCUUUUCUGACGAGCUGACCAGUGUCCGUUACAGCUUCCGGGGCAAGAAUCUCCCCGAUAACCCUGAGCGCUUUGACCUAUAUGUCUUUGUGCUGGGCUCUGAGGGCUACAGCGGUGGGGUCCACAGCUGGGAAAUCGAAGUAGGCAACAAACCCAACUGCCGCAUCGGUGUGGCUCGCCAGUCCGUGCAGAGGAAGGGGAACUUCCCCGUGUGCCCCAAGGCAGGGUUCUACACCAUCAUCCUGAGGAAGCACGAGUUCCGCGCAGGAACGUGGCCAGAGACUCGUCUGGAGUAUGACAGGAAGCCACGGAGGAUCCGCAUUCAACUGGACUACACAAAGGGCGAGGUGACCUUCAGUGACCCCAGCGAAGGCACACUCAUCUACGCCUUCAAAGAUACGUUCACUGAGAAAAUGUUCCCUCUCUUUGGGCCAUCAAAAGACUCUACUCCACUUCGCAUUUGUUCCAGGAAAGUCUUGAUACAGCUUGAGCCGUGAUGUGUUGUUGUUGACAUUUGUUGUUGUUGACUAGAUGUAAAUAUGUAAGAGCUGUAGGUCUUACAGCUGGCGGGUUUGUCUAGGUAGCUGGUCAGUACCUCGGCAGGAGGUAUGGCCCUUGACUCUGUUUAUUAAUGCUAACCUGCUUCUUGGAGGUUUCUCUAAUAAUCACCUGAGCCUACCUCUCUGGGAAUGAGGGCAUUGAAAGGUCCUCCUUGCCUAGCUUUAAAACUACUUUCUUGGAAUACAUUUUUUUAAUGACACUUUUCCAAUGUUUAGCAGAAUCUUCAUGUUGUUGGUAGAUUCUGUCAGCAAAUUAUUAAAUUCACAAAAGCUAUUAAAAUUAAGUAAUUCA